AUGGGCGCGUCUCGCGAGUCGCGACCUCCCCGAAUCGCAUUCAAACAUACACUAGGUUUCUUCUACCAGUGCGUGCUUGCUCAAGGUGAAGGGCAGGCUAUGCCGGUCCCUCGAAUGUCUCAAAGCGCUGAAGCUGCGCGGGCUGCCGCGCUGCAGGCCGAGUUCAACGAGAAGAAAUGGGUAUGGGUACCGGACGACAAGGAUGGCUAUCUCGCUGGCUGGGUAGUCAAAGAGGAAGACGACAUGGGUGAAGUCAUAAUUGCAUCCGGAGGGGAGAUUCGACGACUGCCGCUGUAUGCACUCUCCAAGAUGAACCCUCCCAAAUUCGAUCGAGUCGACGACAUUGCGGAUCUGACAUUCCUUAAUGAGGCCAGUGUUGUGCACAAUUUGAGGCUAAGGUACGGUUCAGGUGCAAUCUACACAUAUUCAGGCUUAUUCUUGGUGGCUGUCAAUCCCUACCAGAACUUGCCCCUAUAUUCUGACGCAAUAGUCCAUCAAUAUCGCGGUAAACGUCGGGAUGAAAAUCCACCACAUAUCUUUGCGAUCGCAGAGAGGGCAUGGAUCAACAUGGGAGAUGAGCGCGAAAAUCAGAGCAUUCUUAUUACUGGGGAGUCGGGAGCUGGAAAGACCGAGAGUACCAAGAAAGUCAUUCAGUACCUUGCAGCCAUUGCUACCGAUGCGCAUCCGCCUCAGUCUACCCCUUCGCACUCACAGUCACCUUCGUUAGUUUCUACAUCGGCAUUUGGCUCUGUUAUGCCUUCAACUGGUCUUCCGCGGACCAGUUCUUUCCGAAAACAUGGGAAGGGGGUCUCGACGAGUGGCUCCAGUUCAGGGCUUACCGCCAAGGAUCGAUUGGGUCUACUUGAGCGCCAAAUACUUCAGGCAAAUCCAAUACUAGAAGCAUUUGGUAACGCACAGACUCAGAGGAACAACAAUUCCAGUCGAUUUGGAAAAUUUAUCAGAAUUAGUUUUGCGCCUGAUGGAAGCAUUGCCGGAGCUAACAUCGAUUGGUACCUGCUCGAGAAAAGCAGAGUGGUCGUUAGGAGUGAAGCCGAGCGGAAUUUCCACGUAUUCUACCAACUAAUGGAGGGCGGUAGCAGCUUGAAGGAGCCUCUGCUUCUCGAUGGUGGCAUAGAAAACUAUGAAUAUCUCAAUAAGAGUAGACGAGAAGUAGAUGGUAUAGACGACAAAGAAGAAUGGGGAUUGCUCAAGAGCGCGCUCGACAUUGUUGGUUUUACGCCUGCCGAGCAGUUCGAUCUCUUCCGUGUGGUGGCUGCCAUUUUGCACAUAGGAAACAUCGCUAUUGCAGCCACUCGAUCUGACGAUGCAGUCAUCCCUGAUCCUUCCCAGGUCGAACGUGUUUGCCAUCUGUUAGGGCUCCAGCUGCCAGAGUUCACACGAGCUGUGCUACGUCCCCGCGUGCUCGCUGGUCGUGAAUGGGUGACUCAAGCAAGGACGCAGCAACAGGCAUUAGACGAGCUUUCAGCAUUAUGCAAGACCUUGUACGAGAAAUCAUUUGGGAUGCUUGUCGAUCGGAUAAACCGAGCUCUGGAUCGUCCUUCCUCCAAGUCUACCUUCAUCGGUGUCCUUGAUAUCGCUGGUUUCGAGAUCUUUGAUGUCAAUGGUUACGAGCAACUCCUUAUCAAUUAUACAAACGAGAAACUUCAGCAGUUCUUCAAUUAUCACAUGUUCGUGUUAGAGCAAGAAGAAUACGCGCGCGAAGGCAUCGAGUGGGAUUAUGUCAAUUUUGGAUUGGAUUUGCAGCCUACGAUCGACCUCAUUGAAGCAAGUGGAAGCGCGAUCGGCGUGCUCAGUCUCUUGGAUGAGGAAUGUAUUAUGCCGAAAGCGACGGACCGCACGUUCACAAACAAACUACACGCGCUGUGGGCAGGCGAGAUACCACCUGGGGAGGAGGCACAUCCAGGCACUACUAAGUAUGAACCGGCACGCUUUGAUCAAGAUCAAGGCUUCACAGUGCACCAUUAUGCAGGUCGCGUCGAGUAUAGGACUGAUGGCUGGUUGGAGAAGAACAAGGACCCACUGAAUGACAACUUGACUCGCGUCAUGGCGUCGUCUACGGAAUCCUACAUAGCUUCUCUCUUUUCAGAGUACAAUGACACACCAUCCGUUGUAUUAAGCCAUGUCAGCUCGAUGUCUAUGGGCAAGAAGCGUCUGACGAAGAAAGGCGCAUUUCGAACUGGAGGCCAGCGUCACAAGGAGCAGCUGGCUAAUCUCAUGGCCCAGCUCCAGGCUACUCAGCCUCAUUUUGUUCGAUGUAUAGUUCCCAAUUCGCUCAAGAAAGCUGGUCGUGUGGAUGUCCCGCUAGUCCUCGAUCAACUGCGGUGUAAUGGUGUGCUGGAAGGUAUCCGAAUUGCACGAUUGGGAUACCCUAAUCGCCUUCCCUUUGUUGAAUUUCGCCAGCGCUAUGAGGUUCUUACGCCAGGGAUUAUUCCCCGCGGGUAUAUGGAUGGACGGAAAGCUUCCUUACGUAUGGUGGAGGCUCUGGAACUCGACAAGGCCAAUUUCCGCAUUGGAACCUCGAAAAUAUUUUUCAAGGCAGGUGUGCUAGCCGAGCUGGAGGAGCGCAGGGACUUGCUCUUAUAUGGAAUAUUCUCGAGACUGCAGGCUGUUGCGCGAAUGUGGAGUGCUAGGAGACAGAUGAAGAAGAUUUUGAACCGAGCCGUCGCGAUUCGCACUAUCCAACGUAACGCUCGCGUGUAUGGGGAGUUGCGUGAUUGGCCAUGGUGGCAGCUAUACAGCAAAGUUCGCCCACUGUUGGCAGCAACGCGGAACGAUGAUGAAUUGCGAAAGAAGGAAGCAGAGCUUCUCCUAGCCAAGGAGCGAGCAGAGCGAGAUCAACGAGAGAAGGAGGCUUUAGAGAGUCUGCGCAUGCGCCUUGAAGCGGAAAAAGUGAAGGUGGAGACUGAGCUCGAGAGUGAGCGCGCUCUGGGUCUUGAUAAAGAUGCCCUUUUAGACCGCAGUAAGAAGCGCGAAGCAGAAUUAGAAGAGGAGCUAGCAGCUAUGCAAGCAGACCUUGACGUACUCGAUUCUCAACUAGACCGAGCGCUGCAGUUACAGCGGGAGAGCGAAGAGAAGCAUGAAACGCUCAGAAAUGCUUUUGAUCAAGCAGCCGAGCAUCUUGUCCGCAUGGAGGGUGAGCAGCAGGAGUGGGAGAAGAGGGAGAUAGAGCUCGCCGAGGAUUUAGACAUAGCCCGAGCACAGAUCGAGACGCUUCAAGUCGAGAUGGACGAACUUCAGAAACUGCGGGAGGAAUUGACAAGCCAAGUAGCCCAACGUGAAGAAGACUUGGCUCGGACUAAAGAACGCAUGGAGUCGACAAUGUCUGAUCUGGACGGAAAGCUCAACGCCGAGUUGAAGAGCAGGGAUGCUCUCCGAAUAAAAGCAGAUAACCUUGAACAGGAGGCGCGACACACUAAAGAUCAGCUUACUGAGAUGGCCAGGACCGCUUCCGACUACUCCGACAUGAUCAAGCAGAAGGAGAGUGACAUUAGUCGUCUCGUCUCCGAACUAGAGUCCUCCAAGCUGGAGCGUCUGGCUCUCCUAAAGCAGAUAUCUGAGCUACAAGGCAACGCGGACACUUUAUCCGCCGAACUUGAAGCCCACCGCAGCGAACGCGACCGCAAUGCGUCAUUGCACACCAAGUUACAGGAAGAGCUGGACGAUAUGCGCACUUUGUUGGAGGCCAAGACCACAGAAGACACGCGUCGCAGCGAAGUGGAGAAACGUAAAGAGCAAGAAAUUGCUGAUCUACGUGAACAAGUGGGCGAGUUAUCACAUCAGCUCGAAGAUGUGCGCAGGGUCGCUGCAGAAGGGCAGAACAAAUUGCGGGUUGAACUCGAAUCAUUGAACCGGGAGUAUAUGGCUCUAAAACAGAGUCAUGGGUCUCUUUCGGAACGAGAGCGGUCUGCACAGCAGAAGUUGCAGCAGGCUGAGGCUUCCUUAUCUGAGACGGAGAAGGCAAAGCGCGUUCUCGAAUCAGACCUACAGUCGAUUCGUUCACGGCAGAUCGAUACCGAGUGUCAGUUGGCCGGUGCGCAGAAGGCAAAGGAGGGAUUGGAGCGCCAAUUAAUCACAGCACAGGCUAGAUAUGAGGAGUAUGAAGACGUUCUUUUGCAACUAGAACGAGAGAAAGCAUCCCUCGACAGGCAAGUGGAUACCAUCAAGAAGCAACUAGAUGCCGAAUCUGCAAAACGCACUCAACUUGAGAAAGUGGCGUCUAAUCAGAAGGCAGAGAUCAUACGGCUCAAGGAUCACAACGUCAAGCUUGAUCGAGAUCUCAAUAAAGCGUUGACGGACCUCAAGGCACGUGAGUGGGAUAUCAAACAGCUCGAGGCCAAGCAAGACAAGACCAUUGUCGAGCAUGUGCAUGUCUUGGAGGAAGCGAAGCGAGUGACAGACCGCCAGCUUAUAAAGGCUCAGGAGGAAUUGCAGGCCAAUCAAGCUUAUAUUCGUUCACUAGAGAAAGCUAAAAGCCGAUUCAUGAGCGAGGCCGAAGACCUCGCCCGCGAGAAAGAAAACGAACAGGUGGAGUUGCGGGCAAAGGACAAGAAGAUUCGUGCAGAAGAAGAGAAGACCCGUCGAGCGAUUGCUGACUUUGAGCGAGAGCGGCAGGCUAGGGAGGCGGCUGAACUUCAGGUCAAGCGCUUGCGGGAUGAAGUCAAGUUCAGUCAGCAGCAAAUUUCAGAUGUUCAGCAACAGUUGGCCACAGUCCAGAAGGCGAAGGACAGCGUAGACAGCGAACUCGCUCGGUUGGCGGAUGAGGCCGGCGCCCCCGGCUCGACUCUGCAAACACAGUACGAAGCACGCAUUAAACAACUGGAGAACCGUUUAGAAGAAGCAGAAAUGGCUCAAGCAACUGCGUCAAAGAUCAAGUCUAGCGUAGAUCGCCAGCAUGCCGAAAUACGCAGGCUCAUCAUGAAUAAUAAUGGGCCUCAAGACGAACCGUUCCGAUCGCGUCUGCUGCGGGAACUUGAAGCUGCGGAUGAGGAACUAAACAAGCAGCUCUUUAUCCAAGCCCCACAACGUCUGUCUACAGGAUCCGAUGCACGAUCGGCUGCGAGUGCCGCAACGACCCAACAUUCUAGUCACGCAAAUGGGGCUACCCGUAGUCGGAAAGGUUCUCAUCCUGAUUCUUCUCGCUCUUCAGACAGACAAUCGCAAGUGAAUGUACUCAAGGAUCAGAUUCAGAUUCUGGAAAUCCAAAUUGCCGCGUCUUCUCGUGUUCGACAAUACCUGGAAGCCUCCAUGCGGGAACUCACUUCCGAAUUGGAGAAUAUGGAUGGGUCCAAACAGUCCCUAGAGCGUUAUCGAGCGCGUCUUUCCAAAGAAAAUGCGCGCCUCGGGGAACUCUUGGAAGACGAGGCGGAAGCAAGACGGGCAGCAGACGCUGCACAGCUUCAUGGUAUACAAACUAUGUGGGACAAGUUUCAGGAUACGAUCAAUGAAGAGAGGGACAGCUAUGCUCGUCUUGAAGAGUCGCGCAAAGCCCUGCUCGCUCAACAGCGCACGGCACAAGCUGAGCUGGAAGAGCAGCGCCACCAGGUGCAGGAGCUGCUGCUUUCGAAGAAGCAAAUGCAAAUGGACAUCGCUCAUCUUAAGGACCGCCUAGAAGUCGAGUUAGCUAGCAAGAAAGACGAUACCAGUACAAAGCGGCAGCUACAAAUGCGCCUCCAGGAAUUGGAAGUUACAGCUACUGCGUCGACCACUAUUCAGUCAGAAUUGCAGACGGCCCUCGAAGCGUACAAGGCACAAACAAAUUCUUACCUUAAGAAACUCGACGAGGCAGAAAUCGCCAGGGCCAAGAUCGCUCGUGCCGAGUCAUCUGCUCGCCGUGCUCUUGCGGACGCCGAAAAGGCGCACGCUCAUGCCGCAACAGAAUGGCAUGCUGCGGAAGCCAAACUCACAGCUGCAGAAGAGCGCAUGCGCGUCCUUGAGGCAAAGCUUGACGAGGAAGGCCGUGAGUCAUCCGAUCUCGAGCUUUUGCGUCAACGUCUCGCAGAGGGGAUGGAGGACGAGCGCAAACAGCACCAAGAAGAAUUAGCUGAGCGAGAUUUCGCUUCCGAUCAGACUCGUAAGAAAUAUCAAGCUGAAUUAGCCCAACUCAGUGAAGAGCUUCAGUCGCAGCGGGAUACCAUGAGCAGAUUACGGGAAGAGAACAGGAAGAUUCGGUCCGACUAUGACGAGCUUCAGCUGCGGCACGACGAGGAAGUGUAUAAUGGUGGCUCCUGGAAGAAAGAUAAGGAACGCCUAGAAACCAAGAUCCAAGACUUGACAACGGCCUAUGACUCUUCAACAGCUGCUCAAGCAGAGCAACAGUCUCAGAUUGUCUCUUUGCAUUCUCAAGUCCGCGAGCUUCGAAGCGUACUGAAUGAUGCAGAGGCAGACCGUGCGCUCCUGCAGAAGGCACGACGCGCCCUUCAAGCCGAACUUGAAGCCAUCAAAUUGGAUUCUGUUGACACUCUGAAGCUGUCUUCCGAAACUGAAUUGCAGAGGUUGCGGCUGGAGAAGCAAGAUAUAGAAAGAUCCCUCGAAGAGCAGACUGACCGCGUAGGGAUGGCCUUUGAGCGCAUGAAGAAAGCCGAAGGAUUUGCGAGCGAGUGCCAAAUCGAGCUAGGGAAGAUCCGCGUGGAGAAUUCCGAGUUGGACAAGCUCAAUGCCAGUCUCGAGAAACAGAUCAAGGAAUUAAAUGUUCGCAUUGUAGACCUCGAGACUAGAUCUCUGAACUCUCAGCGUCCCUCCGUCACAUCACGGCGUCUUGAGAGUCGUAUAGAGGAACUUACAAAUCAAUUAAAUCAGUCAUCGAAAGACUCAGUUCGUCUCCACCGUACAGUAGACAAAAGCGCUCGCGACGCCAACUACCAGCUUGCGGAAGCCGAACGUCAGAAGAGUCGGCUGGAGGAAGAGGUCAAAUCAUAUGAAGCUAAAAUUCUCGAUAUGCGGCAAACGAUGGACGAGCUGCAUACCUCUGAGAAUGACCUCCAGCUUGCGAAGCGAAGGGCAGAACGUGAAGCUGGAGAUUUCAGACAGAAGGCUUUAAAUCUUGAACGAGAAGUCGAGCGGCUCCGAAGUCGGCUCGAACGUCCGUCAUCAGUAGGAUCUCCCCUCAGCUCUCCACGUAAAUAA